AGACAUGGGCUUCCCUUUCUCCAUCCUCAUCAUCCAGAUGUCACUUUGGACUCUCUUGCUGGUUGCUGACUGGUGCUCAGGACUCCAUGCCGAAUCCAUCUUAACACCUGGCUUACCCAUUACUAGUGUGUCUCUCAGCGAUGAGGAGGAGGUCGUCUCUUCACCCCGGUCCAAACAUGCCGGAGAACUUUGUAACUUUAAAACGCAUUGUCCUUGGAUAUCGUCUACAAGCACGGACGGAAAGCCACACUGGAUGCAAAUGGUAGUUAGGGACUUACCACCACCACAACAGACACGUCUACUAGAGAACAAGCCUACGACUGGAAACCUUGAUGAUGGAAUCCUUUUAAUGAACACAAGUCACAUAACCAUACAAGACGCUUGUGCUGUGUCACGUCUGCUCAGUCCCUUGUAUCCCAGAAGUUCUAGGACGUGCCAGCUGGAAUUGUCUCUCUACUCGACGGAAGAGUCCACAGCGCGAACGUUAAAAGUCACGAUUCAUGAGAAGAGGUCAAAUCUCAGCGUAACAUUACCACCUCUGAAGGACCCAACAGUUGGCAACGGGUCUCCCUGGAAGCUGCUGAACACAAAUAUUGGUGAAAUAGAUGGACCCUUUCACAUCACUUUGAGUAACACCUUUUGUACUCUGAAGACGGAGAGCUUCAUCGCUCUGGACAGCAUCAGCCUCAGAAACUGCUUUGAUGGUGAUAAAGAAGAUUCGUCUAAAUGUCCUUGGGAUUCAUCGUUUCUUUGUGACAAUGGAGAAUGCAUUGGUCAAGUAAAGGUGUGUGACUUUCAGACAGACUGCCCGGGAGGAGAUGACGAGGGGGCAAUAUGUGAAAAAAUUCUACCCAUAGGUGCCCACUGCACCUUUGAAAAAGGAAUGUGUGGCUGGACGUCUAACAUCACAGUGGGUGAUCAUUGGAAAUACACAAAUGCUGGGCAGAUAAAUCGUGGUGAUAAUCUACAUCUAUUGAAUGUUGAAGGAAACUUUCUCUACCUACUAAUAGAGAGUGAGCAUAACCAUAGCUCCGCAACUGUGUACAGUGACAGCCUACCCCCUGUGGUUCCUGAAAAGACCUGUCAGUUCACUUUCAGGUUCCUUGUGCAUAGACACUUCAAUGGGUCCCUAGCAGUGUACGCCCAAGAAGAAAACACUAUGAAAAGCUCUAAGUUAUGGCAAGUAGACGGAGCACACACAGUUUGGUCUACAGCAACGAUGAUAAUUCCCCAGUAUACUGACAGGUUUCACAUACAAUUAUUGGCCACGUGGGGUUGGAAUUCAUUCUCGCACAUCCUCGUAGACAAUGUCACUUUUUCUGCUGACUGCUUUCAUUCCGGAAGAAUAGAAAGUAGCGCUGGAGAGCAGGAUGGAUCAUAUGAGAUAGACCCUUGGGAAGAAGAGAUCCUAAGCCCUCUGUCCAAACCGAUGCACACAGAAGAUAAGGAAGAAAUGUUCUGGGAAUUUUCAACAUGUGGCGCCAAUGGAGCUAAUGGUCCAACGCAGGCGCAAUGUAACAACGCAUACCGCAACAGCAACAUUUCUGUGGUUGUUGGAAAAGACGGUCCUCUUAAAGGGGUCCAGAUGUGGAGAGUGCCAUUUGCCAGAGUGUACACGAUAUCUGCCUAUGGUGCGGCAGGUGGUAAGGGAGCCAAAAAUCACAACAAACGUUCUCACGGCAUCUUCAUGUCAGGAGUGUUUCAUCUGCAGAAAGACGAGCUGCUCUACAUCCUGGUCGGCCAGCAAGGAGACGACGCAUGUCCGGGGAAAAAUAAUAAGACCCAAGAAAUAUGCAUGGGAGAGUCCACCAUCAUUGAGGAUGAAUACAAAGAAAACAAAACACUCUCAGACUGGGCUGGAGGAGGAGGUGGUGGCGGCGGAGCUACUUACAUAUUCAAGGAAGUAAAUGGUAUGUUUAUACCAUUACUGGUUGGUGCAGGAGGAGGGGGAAAAGCUUACUUAGAAGAUCCAGAUGAUUCAUCAGACUCUGAACAACUAGAGACGUUUGAAAGGAAUAUGUCGGUUCCUGGGCUGAGUGGAAAAAGUGGAACAGCAGGUGGAGGCGGAGGCUGGAAUGACAUUACUCAACUACCGUGGGCUGGGAAAUCUCUUCUAGAAGGAGCAGAAGGGGGACAGUCAUGCUACCAGGCACGGGCCAGCCUUCAGUGGGACACCUAUGGAGGGUUUGGUGGUGGAGGAGGACCAUGUAGCACUGGAGGUGGAGGAGGGGGGUACCAAGGAGGGGACACUUCCCAACUGGAUGAUAUUUCUGCUGAUGGCCAAGAUGGCAUUUCAUUCAUAAAUCCAUCUGGAGAAAUGUUUCUUCAGCCCUUGGCUGUAAUGGAAAACCAUGGGGAAGUGCACAUCAAGCUGUUUUUCAACUGCAGCCAUUGUAAAUCCGGAAACUGUAAGAAAGAUAUGGAACAGAGAGUUGUGUGUCUUUGUGGACACGGCACCAUGCUGGGAAGUGAUAAUGUCACGUGUAUAGGACCCAAAGGACCCAUUGAAGAGAGACAGCUCUCACUCCCACUCAUUCUUGCCGUUCUUAUUGCAACAGUGAUUCUUGGGGUGAUCUUUGCCUGUGGAAGCCUGUCCUUUGUUUACCACCGGAAGAAGAAGCAGCUGGAGGGAGCCCGGGUGAGACUUCAGAGCACCGAGUAUAAACUAAGUAAGAUCCGGAGCUCCAUUAUCAUGACCGACUACAACCCCAACUAUUGCUUCGCUGGGAAAGGAGCUGGUCUAAGUGAACUGAAGGAAGUUCCCCGGAAAAAUAUCACCUUGCUCAGAGCCCUUGGUCACGGUGCCUUUGGUGAAGUUUAUGAGGGGCUAGUGGUUGGCAUUUCUGGAGACCCCAAUCCUCUGCAAGUAGCUAUCAAGACUCUGCCAGAAAUCUGCUCUGAGCAGGAUGAAAUGGACUUUCUUAUGGAGGCACUUAUAAUCAGUAAGUUCAGUCACCAGAAUAUCGUGCGUUGCAUUGGAGUAAGCCUGCAGACCCUGCCCCGCUUCAUCCUACUCGAGCUUAUGUCUGGAGGGGAUAUGAAAACCUUCCUCAGGCAGAACCGGCCAUUGGUGAAUCAACCCUCCUCCUUAGCAAUGAUAGACCUGCUGAAUAUGGCCAGAGAUAUUGCCUGUGGAUGCAAGUACCUAGAGGAGAACCAUUUCAUUCACAGGGAUAUUGCAGCCAGAAAUUGUCUUUUGACCUUCUCCGGUACUGGGCGUGUAGCGAAAAUAGGUGACUUUGGAAUGGCUCGAGACAUUUACCGAUCUAGCUAUUACCGUAAAGGAGGGAGAGCCAUGUUACCUGUAAAGUGGAUGCCCCCCGAGGCCUUCCUAGAGGGGAUCUUCACUUCCAAGACUGAUGCAUGGUCAUUUGGCGUGUUGCUUUGGGAGAUCUUCUCAUUAGGUUACAUGCCAUACCCAUGUAAAACUAACCAAGAGGUACUGGAGUUUGUGACAAGUGGUGGACGCAUGGAUCCCCCAAAAAACUGUCCUGGACCAGUCUAUCGAAUAAUGACACAGUGCUGGCAGCACACACCGGAUCACCGGCCCAACUUCUCAACCAUCCUGGAGAGAAUAAUCUACUGCACGCAGGAUCCUGAUGUCAUUAAUACUGAGCUCCCUGUAGAAAGCGGUCCACCUCCAGAAGAUGAAGGAAGUACAAUAAUGCGACCAAGCAGCUGUAGUGAGAUGAUGCCACUGGUGGGCAACACGUCUCUUCCUCCUUUGUUGGACACACAGACCAUGGAAAACAAAUUGGGGGAUUUUCCUCAGGAGUUACUGGUUGAAAACCUAGUGGGCAGGAACAUCACACCACCAAGCGCACAGUGUGUUGCAGAAACCCCAGAAGGUUCAUGGGUCCAACCAAACGUAACAACAGAGACAAAACCCCAAAUGUCCCACAAACUAAAGAACAAAUCUAAAAAUCUUUGGAACCCAACUUAUGGUUCCUGGGUAAUGGAAAGCACCUGUUGACUUGCUUUUAACACCCUAGUUUACCUGCUGGGAUGUGAAGACUCAGGUUUGAACUGUGGGACUGUAGGAACUUUUGUCUCCACAAGCCAAAAUUUUCAGCAUUUCCAAAGAAAACUCAUUGCACCCUCAAAUCACUUUCACGUAUGUUGAAUGGACAGAAAGAAACCUCAGACAUUCCCAGUAAAGACUGUGAAUUAUAUUUGUAGAGUACAAGAGAGUUGUGAAGGCUUUAGGGUAGGCCAGUAGACUGGACCUGGAGCGCACUUCUUAGUCAUAUUGUAUAUAUUUUUUUAUCCCUAUUUUUUGGGGGGGAUUUGAAUGGUUUGAUUGUACAGAAACUGCUGGUGAAAUUGAACAAUUUCUUAUCCUUAUAUCUAUUUGUGGUUGAUGUAUAGGACUUUAGAGCUUCACACUCACACAAGACCAACAUUCUCAAAACCCAUCACUAAAUCAACAUUGGAUUAACAACACAUUUGAAAAUUGGGUUACAAGUUGUGGUAAAAGUGGUUGAUACCUGGUAGAACACAAAUCAGAUUUCGAUUCAAGCACUUUUCUUCCAUGCAACAAACAUUUCUGUCUAAAAAUUCAGAAAUCUCAGCAGUAACUAUAAGUCCUUGGGUUGUUCUCUUCUGCCAAGUUACUUCUCAGUUAUAAUAAUUUCUGGAUAAGAUAGGUGACAACCAAUAUUGCUGCCAUUGCAGCCCAUACAGGGGGUUGUCACUCGACUUUAGAAGAGUUCUUAAUGGAAUUUACCUCAUGUUGGCCAGGACCGGGAUGUAACCAUACAUAACUAGGCAGAUUUGCUAUUCAGUCUAGGGAAGCUAUGUGAAAAUUCCUAAUGGAGCCCUUAUGGUGGCCAUUUUGUUGUCACCCAGGACACAUAAGAAUGUUUAACUACUAAGGACACAAGUAUAGGACAUACAUUCAGUGUCAUGAAAUGGAGUCUGAAUUCCUUAUUCAACAAUGGCUUCCCAGGAACGAGGAUACAGUAUAUGUCAGAUCAGAGACACUACACACCCCAUGGGACAAAGCAGCCCAAACCUUCAGACAUUGUAAGAUAUGCAAGGCACUUCGAGUCAAAUUAUCUCUGCACCUGCACAGCAGUAGAGGAAUGUUUUAUCCUUAUAGGAACAUUUAGCAUGAUACCUCUGGAGUCAAUGCAAGUUCUGACAAAGGGCUUCAGUUAUGUAAUGCUCCGACAACCACACUGCCGCUUAUAGAGGCAAAGCUAUUUUUUAAAAUAACUUAAUUAAACUCUUCUCUGCUUGUACUCUCAUCCCAUCACUGCCAUACUAGCCGGGAAGGACUACUUUUUAUACUGGAGCUGCCAUAUGUAUUUCCUUUGAGCUCAGUGAAUUUGGUGGGAAUGAGAGCAGAUUGGGGAAAUCCAUGCUAUGUUCUCUCUUCAUAGAUGUCAAUAUUUUUGCUGCUCUAGUUUUGUCAGGGUAUAGGCUUUGCAGGUUAAAUGGCGUCUACAAACAUGAGACUUGGCUGUUUUAUAGGUUAUACUAAUGUUCAUUCUACAAGCUAAGGUUGGUAGAUACUAGGGAGCCACACAAUGGCUGCCUCCAUGAUGAGCAACACAAGGCACAUAGCUAUGAAAUAGACUGAGGAUCACAGAUAGG